AUAGACUCAACGAUGACGUGGAAUUUAAAUGAUUUAUUUAAUAAUAAUAAUAAAACUUGUCUUAUCUUACUAAACUGUCCAAUAAAUAAUUGGGAUCUCUUUAAUAGAUUAUGGUCAACGGCUAGUUUAAAGAUAUGCUUAGACGGCGGUGCCAAUAGAUUGUUAGAGGCUAGCAGAAAACAUUCAAAUCCAUCGAACUACCUCCCUGACUACAUUAUUGGUGAUUUUGAUAGUAUCACAGAAGAAAGUAGAAGUUUUUAUAACAAUGACGUCACUCUCAUCAAAGACGAAGAUGAGUAUUCAACAGACUAUAUGAAAUCAUUCAAACUGAUCCCAUUGGAUCACUCGGUUGUUACCUUCGGUGGCCUGUCAGGCAGGAUAGAUCAGACCAUUCACACACUCUACUACACCCGUAAGGAACAAGUCAAGCGUGAUUUACCAAUCUGUAUCGUCUCAGAGAAUAAUGUUGCUAUAUCACUAUCACCCGGCCAUCAUACCAUUCAACUUAAGACAGAUACCUUCGGUAAAUGUUGCGGUGUUCUACCAAUAGGAACUAAAUCUGCCAAAAUAACAACCAAAGGCUUGAAAUGGGAUCUUGGUGGACCUGGUUUAGAAGAGACAGGCUUUGAUAGCAUGAUAAGCACAUCCAACCAUUUAGAUAGUGAAACAAUAGAAAUUGAAACAGAUGAGUAUAUCUACUUUAAUGUUGAAUUUAAAAACGAUUUCCUGUAAAUUAGUUUAACAUACCCGAC